GUUAUAAUUUUCAUAAUGGUGGAGUCUGUUGAAAUAAGCUUGGAGUCUCCCUGUUCUGAUUGUAAAUACCAUCGAUAUGAAAGUAAUGGUAAUUUAUGCUUUAGUGAAGUAUCUAUCAAAGGGGAAACCUAUACCUCGGAUGACUACAUUGUGAUCGAAGGAAAAAAAGGCAUAGAAAUUGUGAAUUUCAUCUGUUUAAAUAUCUCUGGUGACAAAACAUUCUUUACAGUACUUAGAAAGUUUAUCCUAGCUAAGAAUGAAAGAAAAUUGUUCAAGAGACAAGGUAUUACUUGUUUUGAUCAGGACAAUGAGGUAGUAGAAGACAGAUCUUCUGAUCAUUGCAUUGAACUAAAUCUAAUUGCAAAUGCAAUUAUCAAAAGAUGCCAAAUAAUUUGCCUGGCUGAGGAUGAAGAUCCAUCAAGUUACUUCAAAAUUCAUGAGUGGGACAGAGCUAACACAUUUAUUUGUCGGUUUACAAAGAAAUCUGAGUACCUUUAUCCAAUGAUUCCAGCUGACCAGACCAUCCUUACAGAAAACUCUUACAAUAGCCCUGUUUCAACAAGAGGCCCUAAAAAGUCAACAGAUAAACCAGGCAUGGAAAUCACCCCUUCAACCUAUGUCAUGGACACCAAGGAGAAUAAUAAAGAAGCAGCUAGGUAUUCUCCUCCACGAAGGAACUCUGUGAAGAGUGUGAAGAGAGAUCUCAACAAAUCAUUUGGCAACUCCCCUAAUGAUCAAAGCAAGUCCAUAUUGAAUUAUUCAGUUAGGAAUGAUAGUGAUGAUGAAAGUGAUAAUCCAACAAUGAACUACUCCAUUGUGGAUACUGGUGAUAACAAAAAUAGUAAAUCCCUAGUGAUAAAACUGAAAGCUAAAAGUGUAUCUGUUGAUAGUAGUAGUAGUAUCCUGAAUGAUACAUCUCCCAAAGCAAGAAAAUCUAGUAGAAACAUCGAGAGGAAGUCUUAUGCUGAUUAUAUGUCACCAUUUAAGGGCACUCCAACAAAAAGAUCAAGAAAACCAUCAGUUACUGAAGAGUAUGUUCCUAAAAGUAACAAGGUUGCUAGAGAGACACCCACAAAGACACCAUCAAGAAAAGUAGUUACUCAGAUUACAAGAUCUAGAAGAAAUAUAAUGACUCCUCAGAGAUAUACAGAUGACAUAUAUACCAGAAGAGUUACUCUAGGUACUCCUAGGAGUUUAAGAAGUCAAAAGAAUAGAGUUUCCUAUAAUGAAGAGAAACUCUUCUUAAAUGAAUUAGAAAACUUUAGCCUUGAAGAAUCCCCAACUCGACUUCUGAAAGUCAAUCUAUGUAGAUUUGACCCUGACACUGAAAGAAUUAUCAGAGAAAAUCCCAAUUGUGAGGUAGAAGUGAUAGAAUCUGAGGAUGAAAAAUUCAGAAUUCCCAAAGACAGCACGAUUCCAAAGACGCCGAAAUCUAGAAGAAAGUCUCCGAGACCCGUCGACACGGAUUCCGACUAUGCCACCCCUCCGAGCACCCCGAAGACGCGUCGAGGCGCCUCUUGUCGCAAGAGCGUCGCCAAAGACACUCCGAAGCGAACUCCGAAGACCCCUCGUAACAGGGCUAGGCUCAUCAGGGAAGGGGUCGUGACGCCGUCGAUGCAUGCCCGAAGCAAAAAGGUGAAUGGAGUCGGAACCCCUCUGAUGAUGGCGAGGAGUCAACUGCACGUUUCCUAUGUACCUGAUUCGCUGCCUUGCAGAGAGAAAGAGUAUUGUGAUGUGUUCAAUUUUGUGGAAGGAAAAUUGCUUGACAGAUGUGGAGGUUGCAUGUAUAUUUCUGGUGUACCUGGUACCGGAAAAACAGCUACUGUGACUUCGGCAAUCAAUAACUUGUUGAAAAAUGACGAUGUGCCGAAAUUCACUUUCAUAAAUGUUAAUGGCAUGAGAUUGACUGAGCCCAGGCAAGCUUAUGUGGAAAUUUUGAAGCAGCUUCAAGGAAAAUCGGUACCUUGGGAACAAGCCCAAAGUAUGUUGGACGACAUUUUCAACAAAUCUAAGAAAUUGAAGCCUGUUGUUAUGCUGAUAGACGAGCUGGACGUCUUGUGCACGAAACGGCAAGAUGUCGUCUACAACCUGUUGGAUUGGCCGACCAAGGCGCAGACGCAGCUGGUGGUGAUUACCAUCGCCAACACGAUGGACCUGCCCGAGCGGCUGCUGAUGAGCCGAGUGACUAGUAGGCUGGGGCUGACGAGGCUUACUUUUAACCCGUACACGCACAAGCAGCUGCAGGAGAUCGUGACUAGGCGGCUGUGCGGGACGGAGAGUUUCAACCCUGAUGCGGUGCAGUUCGUCGCAAGAAAAGUCGCCUCGGUGUCCGGAGACGCUAGAAGAGCCCUGGACAUCUGCCGCAGGGCUGCGGAAAUCACGGAGGCCGAGGGUAAGAGUCAGCUGGUCAGCAUGAAUCACGUCAACGAAGCCCUGAACGCGAUGAUCACCCAGCCGAAGAUCAGGGCCAUCAAGCAUUGCUCCAAACUCGAGCAAUUGAUCAUGCAAUCUAUAGUAGCUGAGGUGGAAAGAACGGGAGUGGAGGAAACGACGUUCGCGGACGUAUUUAAAAUGUUCCAAACUUGCGCGGCCAUCGAGGGCUUCAAAAUGGUUUCCACCACGGUCGCUCUAUCCGCUGUUGCCAGAUUAGGGGCUUGCAGACUCAUUUUGACCGAGCAAAAGGGCUGCGACAUUUACCAAAGGAUCAUACUGAACGUGAGCGUCGACGACGUGUAUUAUGCACUGAAGAAUUACUAGGGGAAUAAUCUGUUUUUGUCUGUUUUUAUUUUAAAUGACUAGGAAUUGAAGUGAAUAUUUGACGAUUAUGUUUGAGUACACGAAUGUUAGGAAGAACCCAUGAUACAGGAAAAUACUUAGGAAUAGUCUGAAUCUUUUUAUGAAGAUGGCGGGUCCAGUUGCAGAAAUACGUAUUUUGAUGUUUCUAAGUAACUUGUGUGGAUAUAACUUUAUUUUUGUUUGACUGUGAGACCGUGAGUUGAGUUUUACUUGUUUAUUUAUCUGUAAUUUUAUUUUAAUUUACACAUCUUGUUCAAUUUUAACCACUUUGAUAUAUUCAGAUAUCUUAUAAAAAUUAUGAUUGUUUUCACUUAUGCACGUGACAAUGACAGACUGAACUGUUUUUAUGGAUAUGGAAUAUUAAAAACAUGAUUUUUUUA